AUGAUACUGAACAAGCGUUUCGUCUUGUGGGAUGAUUUUGAAAGCGCCUUAAAAGAGUUCCAAAAAGUAUGGAAUUAUAAUUUUAUCGCUUCUCAGACUACUUAUACUCGUUACAUCCACACAGAAAGCAGAUUGCUGAAGGAUGUCAGGUUCAAAAACCUGUUUGUAUCGUUUAAUUGUACGUUUGCUCAUAAGAGGAAAUCGGAAGGUUUGAAAGUGAGGCAAAAAUCGUCUAAAUUCCGUAAUUGUCGAUCUAAAUUUCGUGUAAGACUAGAGGAGCAAGGAUAUGUCAUCAAAUCCUACAACAUGCUCCACAAUCAUCCAUGUAGUAGUUCAUGGAUGGUAUGUGAUUCAUUGACAAGGAGAUUAUCGUCAGAAGAAAAAGAGAACUUGAAGCCCGUAAUACCUCACUGUGAGUCAGCAGAUGAAGUUAUCGAAGAUCAAGUGAUAGCCGCAAGAUCUUAUAAAUAUAAUGCUCCACAGCGUCUUACACCCCUGCUAAACAUUUUGACCCCAUUCGCUAGAUCUAAAUUGUUAUACGAACUUAAACAAAUGCGUUUUGUCUACGUGGAAUAUGAAAGCGGUGAUUGGUUGUUUAUGGUUGAUCGCGGACAACAUUAUGAAGUUGAUAUAAGCAUUUGUCAAUGCAAUUGUAGCACGUUUAUGA